CACAAUUCUUCCCUCAUAUUCAGCCAGCGCCGUUAAUCGUCUCUCUUCUAUUCGACAAAAUAAUUCGUCUCUCAACAAAACCCAGAUCCCCAGCAUUAACCAAAUACACUACGGCACAACUCUCAAUUUCCUUUCAACAAAUCAAUCACCAUGUCAGGUCCAAAUCUACACAACGCUCUGCUCCGCCCACCCAUUAUCCAGAUUCUUCGCGCAGCCGGCUUUCACGCAACCCGUCCCUCAGUCAUAGACACCCUCGCUGACCUCACAGCCCGCUACGUGAUGAUCCUCGCCUCAUCUGCAACCACGCACGCCGCGAAUGCCCACCCAAACAACCCGGUCCCGACCCUGGAAGACAUUUACCAAGCUCUACAAGACGCAGGCGCGUUGCGACCGCAACUCCGCGAGUGGGAGGAAGACUGGCACGGCGACGAAGACAUGCGAGGACUGGAAGGGUUUCUGGGAUGGUUCACGGGCCCGGCGAAUCGCGAAAUUCGACGCAUCGCGGGAUUUCUACCGAGCGAGGGUGACGUUGUGGAUACGGAUUUUCUAGAGAAAGAGGAUUAUCUUACGGUGUUGAAGAAGAAGCAUAGUAAGACGGGGGAGGAGUCGAGAUAUGCGGGAACUAUCCUAGGAAAGAAUGCCGAGGAACAUCCGAUUGUGAUUGAGGGCGGUGCGCCGAGUAUCCAGGAAUGGGGUACGCAGGUGCGGUCGCGGGCGCCGUACUUUGCGGAGAGUGAUUCGUCUGGGGUCAGUAGUGCGCCGAGCAAUUUGUCGGACGGGGAGGGGAUGGAUGUGUGAAGGAGGAGUCGGGAGGACGUUUUUUUUUCUCCUUUUCGAGGAUUAACGUCUGGGAACAACGGAAGCUACACGGUGGAGGACCAGUUUAUUGGAGACUCUGGAGUCUCCUUCGCUCCUAUACAUACACUCACGCUGCUGUCUGGGUAACGGACAACAAGGACAAAAAGAUCAGCUGGGCAACACGGCUGUCCUUGACCAAGGGAACGAUUGGCUGCCGGCUUGCUCGACUAGGUAUUCUUACAGCCCGUACUGAUGGCCAAACAUAUUUACGCACCCGGCCAAUCUUCGCGACACUAGGGAUGGGCGCGUCGAGGCCUCAAAGGACAGGAGUGGUCCGACGUGUCGACGUAUAUAUCCUGCACUAGGUGCAAUGCAAACAAGGAUAUGAGGCCGGGGCUGAUAGCAGAGUAAUAAACGGGCUAUAUGAAGGGAUAUGCCACUCAAUUCGCCAUGCAUCUAUAGCUAUAAGAUCAAUGGGCGAGUACAAGACAGAGAAGAGCUACUCAAAAGCGAUAAUAAUAAAAUAAUCACCAAG